GUACGGGGCGGAAUCACUACAACCUGAGCUUGUAGUUUUAGGCUGACACACAGAGGAUUUCUCAGUCGUUUACUCCUCGGACGUGUGUGGAGUUAAAUUAUGCGUUUUAAGAUCGAGCCGGGGCAAAGAUGCAAUGGAGGUCAAUAGUAGUUGGUCUGGUGGUACUGAGACUGUCCCUCAGCUGUGUGCUGUGGCUAGCUUUCGGACUUGGACCUAACGUCAGCUGGGGGUUCAACUUCCCUCUCAGCUUCAGUCUGCACAAACUAGACUUGUUAUUCAGGGAGGAAAAAGGUACCGACCCGAGAGGGAACUCGUGGUCUCAGCGGAUACCCGGCCACAGACAUGAAGAGGCGGCGACCACCUGUGCCAAGGUGGGAGAGGAGUCCCCCCGGAGGUCCUACCUGAGCUUCUUCGAUGGGAACAAGGACGAGUAUGUCCGGAGAUACAGCUCCUUCCCGGACAAGCUCAAAGCUAAGAUGAAGGACAUGGCGAAAGAAAUGUUUUAUUUCGGGUAUGAUAAUUAUAUGAAACAUGCCUUUCCUGAGGACGAGCUGAAUCCCAUUGACUGUGAGGGGAGGGGACCAGACGUGCUAAACCCGUCAAACAUCAACAUAAACGACGUCCUGGGGAACUACUCCCUUACACUGAUCGACACCUUAGACACUUUACUGGUGCUCGGAAAUGUGACAGAGUUCCAGAGAGCCGUCAAGCUGGUUAUAGAUACUGUAUCUUUUGACAAGGACUCAACUGUGCAAGUUUUCGAGGCAAACAUCAGAAUCCUGGGAAGCCUCAUCUCAUCUCACAUCCUGCUGACAGACCCGAAACAUCCAUUUGGCAAGGUCGGCUUUGACGGCUACGAUAAUGAGCUGCUUCACAUGGCUCACGACUUGGCUGUCCGCUUACUGCCGGCCUUUGAGAACACCAGCACAGGCAUUCCUUACCCCAGGGUGAACCUGAAGACUGGAGUUCCUCCUGAUAGCAUCAAUGAGACGUGCACUGCGGGAGCUGGGUCCCUGCUGGUGGAGUUUGGGAUUUUGAGCCGCUUGAUUGGAGAUUCCACAUUUGAGUGGGUGGCCAGACGAGCCGUCAGAGCUCUGUGGAACCUGAGGAGCAACGAAACCGGUCUGUUAGGGAAUGUAGUUAAUAUCCAAACAGGCCAGUGGGUCGGCAAGCAGAGCGGUCUGGGAGCCGGCAUGGACUCCUUCUAUGAGUAUUUGCUCAAAUCAUACAUCCUUUUUGGUGAAAAGGAGGACCACAAGAUGUUCCAAUCUGCCUAUGAGAGCAUUCAGAACCACCUGAGGAGAGGGAGAGAGUCAUGUAAUGAAGGAGAGGGUGACCCACCUCUCUAUGUUAAUGUGAACAUGUUCAGCGGUGAGAUAAUGAACACCUGGAUCGACUCCCUACAGGCCUUCUUUCCUGGGCUGCAGGUGCUGAAUGGGGAUGUAGAUAAUGCAAUUUGCCUGCACGCCUUCUACUAUGCCAUCUGGAAGCGCUUUGGGGCUUUGCCAGAGAGAUACAACUGGCAGCUGCAGGCUCCUGAUGUGCUCUUCUACCCCUUAAGACCAGAGCUGGUGGAGUCUACCUAUCUGCUGUACCAGGCGACCAAAAAUCCUUUCUAUUUGCAUGUUGGAAUGGAUAUUCUCCAGAGCCUUGAGAAAAAUGCCAAAGUCAGAUGUGGGUACGCCACUCUCCACCACGUCGUGGACAAAUCCAAAGAGGACCGCAUGGAGAGCUUCUUCCUCAGUGAGACAUGCAAAUACCUUUACUUGCUGUUUGAUGAGGACAACCCACUCCACAAAUCCGAUAGCAAGUACAUCUUUACUACAGAGGGCCACGUCGUACCUAUAGACGAGCGCUUCAGGGAGAAACAGUGGAACGACUUGUUUCCCUGUGAGGAGGGGGUGCUGGCAGAACGAGAACCAAACAACCGACCAGCACCGAGCAACAUCAGCAACUGCAACAGGAUCCCAGAGGAGCGACGGUACACUCUGCCGUUAAAGAGUGUCUACAUGAGGCAGAUCGAUCACAUGGUGGGACUUUUCUGAGUAAGAGGAUGCAUGUGGAGACACUGACAUGAACAACAGACCUUCAGUACAUCCCCCUCAGGUGCAAAUGUGGGUUGAAAGGAUCCACUGUUAGUAAAAUCCUCGGCCCGUCUGUUCCGCUGCUCAGGAUCCAAACAGGAAACUGACACUAAAGGAAGUCUGAGAAGACAGCUUGAUUAUUUUGCUGUAUUAAUUAUUUUUUGCUCAUUGGUGGGUGAGCAUGUGGCCAGCAAAGGUGAACAACUUUACCUCUGUAACACGAGGAGUCAUGCUUAAUUACAUCUUACCUGGUGACGAUUUGAGAUUGUGUGGGUGAAUUUUAGAAUUACUGGUGUGUUUUUCACUGUUUCGGUGUUGGUUGAGGUAUGAGUGUGUGUGAUUGUGUAAUUUUGGAAAUUACAGCUGAGCUGUGAAUCAUAUUGCAUUUAUGGGAACAGUGCCAUCUAGCCACACAUGUACAAUUAUAGCCUAUAAAAACACUCGCCUCUCUCUAAACAUGGAUUAGUGCCUCUCUGCAGUUGAUUCACUUGACUAGAUCAAUGCUUUUAAAUAAGGGCUGCACAUCAACACAUAAUGAUAGUGAGAGAGGCUCAGGAUGACUCACUGUUUUAAAGUGCCUUCUUGUUUUUUUGGUCUUUUUGGAUGCUAAAAAGCGCAUAUUAGUUGUGGAUAACGUUGUCAAGUAUUUUUUCUUUCUUUAUUGAGGUCACUGUCGAUAUUGCACAAUAGAUGUCAUUCCAUGUGUAUGUACAGUUUUACACUAAUUAUGACAUUAAGCUCCUUUUUUAAGACAUGAUAAAACAAGCCAUACAAUGUAUUUUUUAAUGUUAACAAGCAAAAGCAUGUUUGUUUUCCAUCAUUUCUUUGUCAGAUGAAUUUAGUACAGAAACUCUCCUGCAUAGUUUAUUCUCAUUCAGAGUAGAUGAAAGAUACCAUUUGCAGUUUCCACUUCUGUUUUUCUGUCACAUAAUUGCACAUCAUCGUACCUAUUUGUCAUGUGGUGAGAACUCAGGGUUUAAAGGAAAAACAAAAAUCAAUGCUUUUAUAAAAAAAAAAAAACACUUUCUUGAAAUUUUGUUGCCUAAAAUGUCUUAGGAUAGUCUUAGGUAUUUAUAUUGCAAAUCUUUCAACUUGGUUAUGUGAGGUCAAAGAAUAACUGCACUGAACUGAAGUACAGUUGUACUGUGAAUUGUCAUUAUUGUUCCAGACAGACAGAAAACGUGAUGUUUCCUUACCUGUGAUGUUUGACCUGAUCUUUUACCGAACAUCCUGAGUGUCUGUAAAACUCAGCAGAGCUUCAGGCUGCGUGGCUCCAUUACAUCACAGCAUCGGCAUCUUCUUUGGCUUUAGGAGGCAGCUGUUCAUACUCUCAAGUGUUGUCUAAACUACUCCAGGCCAUAGGAAUGAUAUCUCUCAUUUUUCAGACUGGUUUUCUUCACCCCAGCCACUUUAUCUCAGAUUAUCUUAAAAAAAAAUGCCUGUAACAUAUUGGAAAAUAUGCUUAUUCACUUUUUUUGCUAAGAGUUAAAGAUCGAUACUACUUGAUACCAUUUUGGGGUACCAAAUGUGGGCGUGGUUUUGUACGCAGAUCACAAAUGGUGGCAGUUUCAUUAAUUUAAGAACUCUGGCGUGCCCAUGCGCAGAUUAAGGGUAUGGUGUUAGUUUUGAUUAGUUAAAGAUCAAAUGUGUAGGAUUUAGGGGCAUCUUUUGGCAGAAAUUACAUGUAAUAUUCAUAACUAUGUUUUCAAUAGGGUCUAAUCACCUGAAAAUGAAAACUGUUCCACAGAGUGGUUAAUAUGAACCGGGUGGAGCAUUAUCCCCACUCCAUGUUAUGCUACAGUGUUCUUGUAUCCUUGUUAUAAGUUCAAUAUUUCUUACAUAAUUGAAGACACAUGCUUUAAGACCAGCAUUCCAGAUAAAAAUAUUGGUUCCAAAUGUGUAAUUCCUUCAAGUUCCAGUUCAGUCCUCAGCAACCGUCUUUUACCUGCUUAUUUGGGACACUGAAGCUCUCCUCGAGCACCACUUGUCUUGCAUGUUUUAGUACUCUCCCUGCUGCAGCACAGCUGAUUCAAAUGAUCAGCUUCAGGAGCUCAUAACGAGUUGAUCAUUUGAAUCAGCUGUGUUGCAGCAGGGAGAGAUCUAAAACAUGCAGGACAAGUGGUGUUUAAGGAGGGGUGUGGGAAACACUGGUUAUUCACAACAGCAGGAAAUGGGGAAACAGCAAGUUUAAAAAUGAAGAUAUAACUUGUUAAUUGGUGAGCUGUUUACCUCCGUCUCCAGUCUUUACUAACUGGCUGCUGGCUGGAGCUUCAUAAUUUGCCAUACAGACACAAAAGUAGUAUCGAUCUUCUUAUCUAAGUUUUGGCAAAACAGCAAUAAGUGUAUUUCUCAAAAUGUCAAACUAUUCCAUUAAUCUGUCUCAAAUGAAAGGGUAAUUCAGUUCUAAACAGUAGUUUCAUAAUGCAAAAAUUGGAACCUGAAAUUUUCUGUGAAAUUAAUAAAUGACAGAUUAUGAACAAGA